AUGUCCGAGUCAAAGCAGCCGCACUUCGAGACCCUCCAACUUCAUGCAGGUCAAGAGCCAGACCCUGCCACCAAGGCUCGUGCAGUGCCAAUCUACGCAACUACGUCUUACUCCUUUAAUGAUUGCGCACAUGGAGCUCGGCUAUUUGGUCUUCAAGAAUUCGGCAACAUCUACAGUCGCAUAAUGAACCCAACGGUUGAUGUUUUCGAGAAGCGAAUUGCGGCUCUUGAAGGUGGUGUUGCAGCUGUGGCCGCCGCAUCUGGACAAGCAGCACAAUUCAUGACCAUUUCAGCCCUUGCCCAUGCAGGUGAUAACAUCGUAGCAACCAGCAACUUGUACGGUGGCACGUACAAUCAGUUAAAGGUUCUCUUUCCACGGUUGGGCAUCCAAACCAGAUUUGUCCAAGGAGACUCCCCAGCGGUCAUUGCUGCAGCGAUUGAUGAUCGGACCAAGGCUGUCUACGUUGAGACCAUCGGAAACCCUCGCUACAAUGUUCCGGACUUCGAAGCUAUUGCAAAGGUCGCCCAUGAGAAAGCCGUGCCGCUUGUGGUGGAUAAUACCUUCGGAGCCGGUGGCUACUAUUGUCGCCCCAUUGAUCAUGGUGCAGACAUUGUUGUGCACAGUGCUACCAAGUGGAUUGGUGGCCACGGCACUACUAUUGCUGGUGUUGUCGUUGACAGCGGCAAAUUCAACUGGGGCAAGCAUGCAGCGCGGUUCCCUCAAUUUGUGGAGCCUUCCGAAGGCUACCAUGGCCUGCGAUUCUGGGAGACCUUUGGCAACGUUGCUUUCGCCAUUCGUGUGCGAGUGGAAAUACUCCGUGAUCUUGGCCCGGCCUUGAAUCCUUUUGCUGCGCAGCAGCUUCUCCUUGGCAUCGAGACCCUCAGUUUGCGUUGCGAAAGGCAUGCAAGCAAUGCUAUAGCGCUUGCGGAAUGGCUCCAAAAGAACGAAAGCGUAAGCUGGGUCUCAUAUCCAGGUCUCAGAGACCACCCUAGCCAUGAAACUGCCAAGCGCUACCUCCCCCGAGGAUUCGGUGGUGUUUUAUCAUUCGGUGUGAAGGGUGGCGCUGCGGCUGGCAUUCGGCUAGUUGAUGGCCUCAAAUUGAUCUCAAAUCUUGCAAAUGUCGGAGACUCAAAGACCCUCGCUAUCCAUCCUUGGUCGACAACUCACGAACAACUUACCGAACAGGAACGGAUUGACUCGGGAGUCACUGAAGAUGCCAUCCGAAUUUCUGUUGGCACGGAGCAUAUUGACGACAUCAUCGCCGAUUUCGCACAGUCCUUUGAGGCUGCAAGUCCAUUGUGA